ACCUGCCUAACCUAUUUGAAAUGCUGUAUUAUUAGAGUCACAGUCUCAUUUCCCAUCUUCGUCUCUGAAAUGACAACAACUCGUCUAUCUUCGUUGGAAUGAAGAAAGCCAUCGUCUUUGAUAAAUUUCGUCCGUCGUGGAUGGAUGAAGAUGUAAAGAGAAGCCGAGAGGCGGAGAUCUAAAUAAAAGCACUUAAAUAAUUGAACCUGUCACGUGCAAUUGCAGAACUUGCCCUUCUAUUCAAUAAUAACCCUUAAACAACUGACAGUACGAUCUACCAUUAAGGAGUUCUCAUCAGUCGGUUAAAGCACCAACUCAAAUGCCUUGUUGAAUCCUCUAAAAAGAUUGAAAAGCAUGUCAGGUGUGGUUGAUGCUUUAGUCUCAUUUGCGAUUCAGAGGCUUGGGGACUAUCUCAUCCAAGAAAUAAAGUUCUUGCGAGGAGUGAAAGGCGAAGUGGAAUUUCUGAAGAAAGAGUUGGAAUGGUUGCAUUGUUUCAUAGAUGAUGCACAAAAAAGGCAAAUUAACAGCCCUCUGAUACGGAAGUGGGUACUUGAUAUGAGGGACAUCGCUUACGAUUGUGAGGAUGUCUUGGAUGGAUUUAUUUUCAAAGUCCAUGAUGAAGGGAAUCCAGAUACGCUCAGAGUCGACCAUGGGACUCCUUCAGAGCGAAGGCAGAGACUCUUUGCUUUCUUGAAGAAGCUUUCUUGCAUUAUUUGCAGCAAAACCCAGGAACAGAUCGAUUUAUAUGGCAUUGGCAAAGAGAUUGAAAGACUAAAAGGUAGACUUAAAGAUGCGUCCGAUAGAAGUGUACGGUAUAAUCUCCAAAAUAUUAAAGACAAGACAGAGGGAGAGAGCUCGGCUCGUACCAGAUUGAAGGAUCUAAGAAGAACCACCUCCUUCCAGCUCGAAGAAAUUGAAGUUGUUGGCUACGAUCAGGAUGCUCGCACAUUAUUGGAUCAACUACUUGACAAGAAGAAGCCACAACGUUCCGUAAUCUCAAUCGUUGGCACCGGUGGUUUGGGUAAAACAACUCUCGCUGGAAAACUUUAUCAUCAUCCAGAAAUCAAGAAUAAUUUCAGUUAUCGUGCCUUGGUUUCUGUGUCUCAAGAGUACAAUACUAAAGAUCUUCUUGAAAGAAUUAUACAGUCUUUCAAGAGGAAUCUACACAUGCCAGAAAUGUCACAGGAGGAUAUGACAAACGAAGAUUCAAUGGGGAGUUAUCUUAGAAAAUCCUUGAAAGGACAAACAUAUUUGGUGGUGAUUGAUGAUAUAUGGCAUAAAGAAGCUUGGGAUUGUCUUAAAAGAGCCUUUCCAGAUGAGAACAAGGGCAGCAGGGUGAUUAUGACCACUCGCAAUGAAGACAUCGCUAGGGGAGUAGACGACAGUACUUUUCCUUAUCCACUUCGAUUUUUAACGCCAGAUGAGAGUUGGCAGUUAUUUUGUAUGAAAGCUUUCAAGAAUCCAAAAGUGGACCAGGGAUCGAAGCCGCAGGAAUGGGAAAUGGUGAAAAAAUGUGGCGGUCUACCACUCGCCAUUGUUGUAUUGGGUGGAUUAUUAGCCACAAAGAAGCCGAACGAAUGGUCCAAGACUCGUAACAACAUCUGGAAGGAUAUGGGGAACCAUAAUAUUGAAAUCAAGUAUUUAUUGGAUUUAAGUUUCGAUGAUCUACCUUCGGAGUUGAAGGUGUGCUUCCUUUACUUGGGCCUCUUUCCAGAAGAUCAUGAAAUUAAAAUAAAGAAAUUAAUCCGAUUGUGGGUGGCUGAAGGUCUCAUAUCGCAAGAGGGAGAUAACACAAUGGAAGAGUUGGCUGAGGAUUACUUGAAUCAGUUGAUUAAAAAAAGUCUAAUUCAAAUAGGCCAAAUUAGACGAGGCAGAAUUUUUACAUGUCGAGUCCAUGAUCUUUUGCGGGAUUUAGCAAUUCAAAAGGCGAAAGAGCUCAACUUUAUUUGCACCGAGCAUGAAAUCGAAAAUUCAGCUGAGUCAUCAAAAUCACGACGACACGCUUUCUAUCUUGGGAGAAAUACGUCUUUGCUUCUUCAACAUUGUAAUCCACCCUCUCGUUCUCUUUUGUUCUUCAGUCAAUACUUCCAUCAUCAACCAACCUUUUUGGAAGGUUUAUUAUCAGAAGUUUGCAGAGGGUCUCAAGUGGUAAGAGUUCUUGAUUUUGAUAGUUUCUCCUGCAAAAAUUUAUACAGAUCACCAGAAGAGAUAGGAAAGUUGAUUCACUUGAAGUAUUUAGGAUUAAGAAAAUCAGGGAUUACUGAUGUUCCAUCUUCCAUUGGCAAGUUGUUGCACCUACAAACUCUGGACUUACCAACAAGGCUUGAGAACUCUGCUCCUUCAUUACCUUCUGAAAUAGGUAUGCUAACGGAGUUGAGGCAUCUUAUUGGAUUUUUAUAUACGGAAUUGAAGAUUGACAAUUUGACAAAACUUCAGACCUUGAAGAACGUAAGCUAUUGGCUUUGGAAUACAAUUAGUACAGAAAAACUGGUUAAUCUUCGAGAGCUGAAAAUAAUUUCGUUUAAUGUUUAUCUUCGAGAGCUGAAUAUAAUGUUGCACCGUGAUUCUCGUCCAGGGCUGACAAUAACUUCGUACGGUGAUACAGAGAAAAAAGAGUUUACUUUCGAUUCCAUUGCCAACCUGAAAAGCCUGCGGAUUUUAAUGAUUGAACUACUGUACAAUGAUGUGUUUUAUUUUGGUUCUCUGGAACCCCUUUCUCAUUGUGAACAUCUUCGGGACUUAAACUUAAAAGGGAAGAUACAAGACCUACCAGGAAACCUGCAUGAGCUGGUGCCAAAUCUUGAAUGCCUAUCAUUACAUGGGUCAAAUCUGAAUGAUGACCCGAUGCCUAAAUUAGAGAAGUUGUUGUAUCUCACGCAUCUCCAGUUGGGCGAAGACUCUUAUCACGGAAGCAAGAUGACAUGCUCGGCUAAUGGUUUUCCUCGGCUUGAAAUUCUAAAUCUUUGUUCGGAGCAGAUGUUUCAUAUGUUGAAAGUAGAAGAAGGAGCUUUGCUAGCGCUCAAGAAAUUGAAAAUCAGAGCACCCUCUUCACGGGCACCUGUACUAAAGCGCUCUAUCAAAACUCCAAAUUAUUUAGCUCGAGUGCUUGUGGAAUGUGAUACCGAUCGUCGCCUUUAACUUCCCUUUGUUGUGUUGUGCUCUCCUCAAAUUUGUAAUUGGGUGAAUGGAGUGUAUUUUUUUUUUUUUCUAAUUUGUGAUUUGGUGGGCUUUCCUUGAACUUGUAAUUCGUUAAGUGUGUUUUUGAGUUAUUUUUAAGUUGUUGUGGUUUCCUGUCAAUUGUAAUUUGUAAUCAAUGUGAUGAGUUUGAGCAUACA